CCGGGCGCUGCACUCGGGGACACACAGCCUGCACGCUGCAGCCAGGAGCCCCAGGGGAAGGAGGAGUUCCUUCCGCUGCAGGAACUGGGAAUUGAAGCAGCCUCCCACAUCGUCCCUCUGGAUCCACUGCUUAAAUACAGGCAAGGACAGGGCUCUGUCUCCCCAGCUGUGGUCACCAGCCCUGACCUGGGACAGUGAAUCGACAAUGGCAUCCUCCAUCACGUGGGGCCUCCUCCUGCUGUCAGGCCUGUGCUGCCUGGUCCCCGUCUCAUUGGCUGAGGGUCUCCAGGGACACGCUGUCCAGGAGACAGACGCAUCCCAGCAGGAUCGUGAGCACCGCCAGGAAGCAGCCUGCCACAAGAUCGCCCCCAACCUGGUCGACUUCGCCUUCAGCGUGUACCGCCGAGUGGCCCAUGAGUCCAAUGCCACCAACAUCUUCUUCUCCCCAGUGAGCAUCGCUACAGCCUUUGCGAUGCUCUCCCUGGGGACCAAGGGUGACACUCACACCGAGAUCCUGGAGGGCCUAGAUUUCAACCUCACUACAAGAAUAGAGGCUGAGAUCCACGAAGGUUUCCAGCAUCUUCUCCACACCCUCAACCAGCCAGACAACAAGCUGCAGCUGACCACUGGCAACGGCCUGUUCAUCAACGAGAGCGCGAAGCUAGUGAGUAAGUUUCUGGAGGAUGUCAAGAACCUGUACCACUCUGAAGCCUUCUCCAUCAACUUCAGGGAUGCUGAAGAGGCCAAGAAAAAGAUCAACGAUUACGUAAAGAAGGGAAGCCAAGGAAAAAUUGUGGAUCUGGUAGAUGAUCUUGACCAAGACACAGUUUUUGCUCUGGUGAAUUACAUAUUCUUUAAAGGAAAAUGGGAGAAGCCCUUUGAGGAAGAGCACACCACAGAGAGGGACUUCCACGUGGAUGAGGAAACCACCGUGAAGGUGCCCAUGAUGAACCGCCUGGGCAUGUUUGACCUCCACUACUGCGACAGGCUCACCAGCUGGGUACUGCUGAUGGACUACGUGGGGAACGCCACCGCCGUCUUCAUCCUGCCCGACCAGGGGAAACUGCAGCAUCUGGAGGACCAGCUCAGCAAGGAGCUUCUCGCCAAGGUCCUGGAAAAGAGAUACGCAAGUUCUGCCAAUUUACACUUGCCCAAACUGUCCAUUUCUGGAACCUACGAUCUGAAAACUCUCCUGGGUAAACUGGGCAUCACCAAGGUCUUCAGCAACGGGGCUGACCUCUCAGGGAUCACCGAGGAAGUGCCUCUGAAGCUGUCCAAGGCGGUGCACAAGGCUGUGCUGACCAUCGAUGAGAAAGGGACAGAAGCUACGGGGGCCACGUUUCUGGAAGCCAUCCCCAUGUCAAUUCCCCCGGAAGUCGAAUACAACAGACCCUUCUUCUUCAUCAUCUACGAUAAAAGCACCAAGACUCCCCUCUUCAUGGGAAAGGUGGUGAAUCCCACCCAAAAAUAACUGCCUCUCUGGGUUCAGCUGUCCCCUCCAGGCCAGGUCCCCUUCCUCCAUGGCAUUAAAGAAUGACUGACCCGG